AUGUCACUUUAUCAAGGGAAGACCAUUCUUGCCCCGAUGGUCCGCAUUUGUAACUUGGGAUUCCGUGUAUUUUGCGCUGCGCAGGGAGCUGAUGUUGUCUUCUCUGAAGAAACUGUGGCGGCCAAGUUGGUACGCUGCCGUCGUGAGAUACGCGUAUAUGAUGAGAGUGUGGGCCCAGUCGUCGAGUUUGUAACAUAUGAACCUUUUAAGAAAGGAUGGAAGCGAAGUGUUGUGUUCAGCACACUGCAGCGAUUGGGCGCAGACCACACGAAGGACCGUCCCCUUGUUGUGGUGCAGUUGGGGGUGUCGAAUCCUUCUAUAGGUGCACAGGCGGCGUGUCUGUUAUGCGAGCAUGUUGAUGGAAUUGAUGUGAACAUGGGAUGUCCAAAGAAGUUCAGUGUGGAGAACGGGAUGGGCGCUGCAUUGAUGCGAGAUGCAGAGCGGGCGGCGGCUAUUCUCGUGGCGAUAGACUCAACAGUGAAUGCAGACGACCGCGUGGCCGCCCGCGGGAGUCGUGUGGCGUUGAGUUUUAAGAUACGACUGCGGGAAACAGCAGAAGAAACGGCGCAGAUGCUCAUUGAUAUUAUGGAGCGAGUGGGUCCUAAGCGUGUUCAUGCUAUUACUCUUCAUGCCCGCACGGUAGAUCAAUCAUCUGACACACCUCCAUACUAUGAUCGAGCUGCCGCAACUGUCAAGUUACUUCGUAGUCAUCCUUUAUUGAAGGAAAUGUGUUUUGUUCUUAAUGGAUCUGUUAUAUCCCGUGAAGAUGGUGCACAGAAGAUGAUACAGUUUGGUUUUGAUGCUGUAAUGAUAGCACGACACGCAAUGUGGGAUAUGUCGGUCUUUUCUUUGAAACAUCCUAUGAAGGAAUAUAAUGUUUCUACAGGUGAACUUUCUGAAACUCCAUUAGAUUCCGCAUCUUGGAUGGAUUUAUACAGGGAAUUGAUACGGUAUUAUGUGAAGUACCGAACACCUUUUGGUUUUGUCAAGUAUCAUCUCACACGAAGUAUACCUUGUAUUACUUCACUGAAGCAUUUGAUGAAAGAUGUUCAGCAAAAUGGAAACUGCUACGAAGACAUUGCAAAAAUAUUUGAUAUACCCGUUGAGGAACUAGAAAUGUUCCGUAGUGUAUCCGGUAUGGAGUUGGUUUCAUCUAUUCCUGAGGAUCAUUGUAAUUCUCUUGGUGUUGAUACUACUGUAGAUAGUAAAGUGGCGAAUAACGUCUUAGCACAGGACGAUGAAAAUUCAGCUGCCCAGACUAUCAAGAAAUUGAGAACUGAGUGA